AAUUCUCUCUUUCUCUCACGGGGGGUGGAGGGGGGGGGGGGGUAUGUAUGCUCUCCUGUUUAAAUCAGAUGCUUGAGAUUUGUGCAAGACAGUAUCUGCCAACAGCACACAAUAUUACCAACAGCAAAAAACGAAGACCAUUACUGUCCUGGGGAAAAUGGAAACAGAAUUGGAACAAGAUCAAGAAGCUACCACUGCGCUUUAUUUAAAUACACCAAACAUUACAACCACAGAUGCAAACUUGUGCAAUAGCCCACAGUGUUACAUGGUCCUGACUCCACCAGAGAAGAAAGCUAUUGGCACAAUCUGCUUGCUAGCCGGCCCCGUGACGUUCCUGGAGAACAUUUUGGUCCUGUUGGUCAUUGCAAGAUCCACCACUCUGCGCAGACGGCCAUCGUACCUGUUCAUCAGCAGCUUGGCAUUGGCCGACACCUUUGCCAGCUGUUUCUUCACCGUCAGUUUUCUAGAUUUCCAUCUUUAUAGUCACAGCGACGGCCCUAAUAUCUAUCUGUUCAAGCUGGGCGGCGUCACAAUGGCAUUCACAGGCUCUGUGGGAAGCCUGUUGCUGACAGCGCUGGACCGUUAUCUCUGCAUCUACCAGGCUUCCAAUUACAAGGUGCUUCUGACACACACUAAAGCCAAGCUUGCUGUUGUAAUAUUAUGGUGUGUAACGAUUAUAAUUUCAUUUCUUCCUCUGAUGGGUUGGAGGUGCACCACUAAGUUUGAUCCUCCUUGCUCCCAUCUCUUCCCUUAUGUGGAUCAUCACUACCUGGCUUUCUGGACGGGCCUACAGCUUGUGGUGCUCUUUCUUAUCAUAGUGGCUUAUGUUCUCAUCCUGUGGAAAGCAAAUCGCCAUGAAACAGCUAUGGGUGGAUCAAAGUUGGGGAGGCAGUAUGUGAAAGGACAGGCUCGAAUGCGAAUAGACAUUCAGCUUGCACGUACCUUCAGUCUGAUCCUCCUAAUCCUUGCUGUUUGUUGGCUGCCUGUCCUGUCCUUUAUGAUGGUGGAUGUCACAGUGACCCUUACGAAUAAACAACAGCGAAUGUUCGCUUUCUGUAGCACGCUCUGUCUGGUUAACUCGUGCGUAAACCCGCUUCUAUACGCUCUACGCUGCAAAGAGCUGAGAGAAGAAGGGUAUGCAUUGUUAGCAUGUUGCAAAGCAUGCAGGGAACGUACUAUUACCAAAAAGAGCAAAGAUCAGGCUGUUAGUGAUAGUAACCCAGAUACUAUUUCUGAAAGCAUAGACAAGCAGUAAAACAGCAUAUAAGUAUUAUUUAAAGUCCUAUUCAUAUUAAUGAUUUGCCAGCUUUUAAUCCAUUUGAAAUAUAUCACAAAAUUUAGUUCUUCGGGAUUAUAGUUUAGGUUAGCAUUCAUUGCAUGAAUACUAUAGAUUGCAGAAAAUGAUGUUUUGUGAUAAGAAUACAGGAUAUCAAAUAAACAGCAGUAAAAAUGUGGGAAAUAUGAAAAUAUCAAAUGAAGAAGGUUUGCUUACUAACAAAAACUUAAGAACUUUAACACAUUGAAUUUUACUGCUUGAAUUUUAUUCAAUAUAAAUUGUACUUUUUAUAUAUUUAGAAGGAGAAUGAGAAGACUUCAUUUUACACUUUAAGAAAGACAUUAGCUAUUAUUUUGUAAACAGGAUGCGUCAAAAAUGAUUUGAAAGUGUAUUUUAAAAGUAUCUUAAAUAUUUAGUUUUUAAGGAACAUACAAUUGGUCUUUUGUGAAUAGGUGGCUAUGUGAUUGCUGUCCAUGUAAAAUGCUGCUUCUCUAAGCACCUUUCUACAGUGAAAUAAAAGCUAUAAACACACUCAGAACAACUGACUCAACUGCUACAUUUUGACCCAAGCGUAAAAGACGCCAAAACAUAUAUAGAUUACACUGUGAAAAUUGAUGACUGCUACAGUAGCAAAAAUUUUGCAUCACAUUUUCAAUAGAUUGUUCAUUAUGCUGCACCUUUACUAUAUUAUGAGGAGUAACUGUUAUGAUACACUAAGUAUAUUCUUAUAUGUUGGAAAAAGCACUAUGAAUGCAAAAUGCUGUGUAAUUGUUGUUAUAUUAACUUAUCUUGUAUUAACUUCAAUUUGAACAGAAGUUUUGCUGCAUUAUUAUAUGUUAAACUAAGUACUAUAUAAAAUGCUGUAUGUCAUAACUAUAAAAAUGUACUGCUACAUUGUUUAAGAAAUGCAUACUUACACUUUAAUCUAAUUUAUUGUCAUCAAUAAAAACACAUUUUCUGGA